CACUGGCUGCUUCCGCUUUGCGCUCCGUUGCCAUGGCGGCCAGCCUGAGCGGAAUGUUCGGGAACCAGGGCCCGGUCCCUCCUCCUCCUCCUCCGCCGCCUCCUCCGCCCGUGGCCCCCGGUGUGUCGGGGCCAGCCGGCCUCCUCCCGACGAACCCCGCGGGCCCGCGGAACCCCAACAGCACCCUCGUGGACGAGCUGGAGGCGUCUUUCGAGGCUUGCUUUGCUUCUCUUGUGAGUCAAGAUUAUGUCAAUGGUACAGACCAGGAAGAAAUUAGAACUGGCGUUGACCAGUGUAUCCAGAAAUUUUUAGACGUUGCACGGCAAACAGAAUGCUUUUUCUUACAAAAAAGGCUGCAGCUGUGUGUCCAGAAACCAGAGCAAGUAAUUAAAGAGGAUGUUUCAGAACUGAGAAAUGAAUUGCAGAGGAAGGAAGCGCUAAUUCAGAAGCACUUGGGUAAACUGCGACACUGGCAGCAGGUUCUGGAAGACAUCAAUGUCCAGCACAAAAAGCCUGCUGAAAUGCCUCAAGGAUCCUUAGCAUAUCUAGAGCAGGCAUCGGCUAACAUUCCUGCACCGCUCAAGCAAACGUGAACAACGCAAUUGACUUCCUAUUGUCUGUUCGGUGCAACUUCAUAUGGACAUUUUUUUAGGUGACGACAAGAAGCAUAACAAAACGAUGAUAAAGCCAUUUGCCCUUGCAGGGCUCAAAAUGGGGUUUAGGUUUUGU